UAAAGAAACCUCCUUCAUGAAAAAUGGUAUGUUCCGACCAAUGCGCAUGCGUUAAUAUUCCCGUACGAGCUGAACGUGGUUCUUCGAAUAUUCUAAACUAAUAUUUAUUGAAAACGUUUAUUUUUAAAUCCGUGUGUGUAGUGUGAAGCAUCAUUAUGUCUUUCUGUAAGGAUGACAAGGUCAAAGAUUUCAAGGAGCACUUCUGCAAGGAGGCAGAGACUAUCGUCACUGAUGACUUUCCCAAGAAAAUUAUUCAGCUGGAUGAACUGCUCAAGUCUGACAUGUUCCAGUGUGUAGACCUGACCCAGAUGCACAUGGAGCUGAAUGUGCCCGUCCCAGACCCCAUCCUUGUUAACUCUCAUCAGCCAGACGCCAAGAGAAGGAAGCUGGACCACAACUUGGAUGAUAUCCAAGGUAAGCUCUCCAUCCAAGGUACCAAAGUCAUCUUGAACCCUGGUGGGAUGGUCACCUGUAACACCAAGCUGACAAAGAUUAUCGAAGUCAUGAAGCCAGAAAUCAGGACUCUAGUGGAGAAGUGUAACAUGUUGAAGAUGUGGGUGCAGUUGCUGAUCCCGCGAAUCGAGGACGGAAACAACUUCGGCGUAUCCAUCCAGGAAGACACGCUGGGCGAGCUUCGGCAGUACGAGAGUGAGGCGGCGGCGUAUCUCGACCAGAUCUCAAGGUACUUCAUAACAAGAGGGAAGCUGGUGUCUAAAGUAGCCAAGUAUCCCCAUGUGGAGGACUAUCGGCGGGCGGUUGAGGAGAUGGAUGAAAAGGAGUUCAUCAGCUUACGACUGGUCUGUUGUGAGCUCCGUAACAGCUAUGCCGCCCUACAUGACCUCAUAGUGAAGAACAUUGAAAAGAUCAAGAUGCCAAGAACCAACAACACCGAGUCUCUCUACUAGACACACCUGCCGGAUUCAAACAGAGACUGCUGAUGGUAGACACCUCUACACAUGCUGGGAGGCACAAGGCACUAUGGGUAGCACAGGGGGCUGCCAAAAAUUCCAAAAAGACCUCUACCAAAAAUUUUGCGGGGUAGUAGAAAUUGGUCAAAUUAUGAGAAUAUUUCUUGUCCCCAGCAUUUGUGGAUAGAAAUAUUAUUCUUACAAAAUAUUCUUCCAUUUUAUCAAAUGUGUACUAAUUUUUUCGUUAUAUGGUGUUGGUUUUACAAGGUGCUAUACGCACAAUGCCCUAUGUUUCCCAGCAUCCGAUGGGAUCAGUACUAAAGUCACCACAUUUGAACAGUGGUAUGAGACCCUCAGCAAGCCAAUGUAGCAAAAGUUGCAUAAACAAAAACUCUUAACAGAUAUAUUGAACUAAGUUUUAAUUCAUACCUUUGAACACAAAAAAAUUGCAAGAUGUUUUACUCUAUAGACUUGACCUUGAUACUCCUUUGUCAAACAAGAAGACAAGGACUAAAAAAACGCAUAUUUAAGUUUCAUAACUUUGACAAACUAUGAUGUUUAACGAUAUGUUGUUUCAUUUCUGUUAGAUUUGUGUUUUCAAGAUUUUUUUUAAUGUGCCAACACUAAUGUUAUGAGCCAACUACUCUGGAAAAUGCAGUGUUGUGCAUGCUUAAUAAAACCAAUAUAAUAUUUAACAAAAGAACAACUGUCUGAAAAACAAUGUUGACUGGAAAACUAUUGCAUGGACAUACACCCUAAUUAUUUUGCAGAACAGGUUGAGUAUUUUUCACACCAUUAUGAAAAAAGACAUCAUUUUUUUCAUGAAAUGUGGGAUAGAGAUUUUUUAUCAUCUUGAUAACUGAUUUUUUUAAUUGUCACAUUAUCAUUAUGAUAGUUGUUUUAUGUAAGUAACAUUGUGGCCCUGCCACCCAGGUUUUUCCUCCUAUUUUUAUGAUACUUAGUUUUUCUCGGAGGAAGAAAUCCCAGAAACAUCAAACCAUGUAGGUGUGUCAGACUGUGUCCUCUGUUGUAUGAUUUUCUCAAUAAAAUUGUAUUGUAUCAUA